AUGGUGCCUGUAGAUCUUCAGCCCAGGGCGGCGGUCGGCAACCCGCGGCUCCGGAGCCGCAUGCGGCUCUUUGGAACACUUGCCGCGGCUCCGGGAGGUGACUGUGACAGGCGGCGGCGGAGGGCGGACGCGGGGCUGCGGACAGGAGACAGUAGGAAUGAGUGCACUGCAAGCAGCGAAAGUUUCACUGCAAUAUCAGUUAUUAAUAUUCAACAAAGGAAGUGUAGCAAAAAGAAAAUAUAUAAACGUCUGGAGUGUGGGAAAAGUUUCAGGCAGAGAGUGCGACUUACUUCUCAUGAAAGAAUCCACAGAAGGAAGAAACCAUAUAAAUGCCUAGAGUGUGGGAAAAGUUUCCGUCAGAGUUCCUGUCUUACUUCCCAUCAAACAGUUCGCUCAAGGGAGAAACCAUAUAAAUGCCUAGAGUGUGGGAAAAGUUUCAGUCAGAGUUCCUGUCUUACUUCCCAUCAAAGAGUUCACUCAGGGGAGAAACCAUAUAAAUGUCUGGAGUGUGGACAAAGUUUCCAUCAGAGUGCAGACCUUACUUCCCACCAAAGGACACACAGAGGGGAGAAGAAAUAUAAAUGUCUGCAGUGUUGGAAAAGUUUCAGUCAGAGUUCUGCUCUUACUUCCCAUCAAAGGGUUCACACAGGCGAGAAACCAUAUAAAUGUCUGGAGUGUGGGAAAAGCUUCAGUUUUAGUUCACAGCUCAGUAGCCAUCAGAAAUUUCACACAGGGGAGAAACCAUAUGAAUGCCUGGAGUGUGGGAAAAGCUUCAGUCAAAGUGGAAACCUUACUUCCCAUCAAAGAAUUCACUCAGGAUGGGAGAAACCAUAUAAAUGCCUGGAGUGUGGAAAAAGUUUCCGUCAGAAUGCAGGCCUUAUCUCCCACCAAAGGACACACGCAGGGGAGAAGAAAUAUAAAUGCCUGGAGUGUGGGAAAAGCUUCAGUGAUACUUCAAACUUCAGUGUCCAUCAGAAAAUUCACACAUGGGAGAAACCAUAUAAAUGCCUGGAGUGUGGAAAAAGUUUCCGUCAGAAUGCAGGCCUUAUCUCCCACCAAAGGACACACGCAGGGGAGAAGAAAUAUAAAUGCCUGGAGUGUGGGAAAAGCUUCAGUUACAGUGGAAGCCUUACUUCCCAUCAAAGAUUUCACAAAGGAGAGAAACCAUAUGAAUGCCUCGAGUGUGGAAAAAGGUUUGGUCAGAAAUCACACUUUACUUUGCAUCAAAGAAUUCACACAGGGGAGAAACCAUAUAAAUGCCUGGAGUGUGGGAAAAGCUUCAGUUACAGUGGAAGCCUUACUUCCCAUCGAACAUUUCACAAAGGAGAGAAACCAUAUGAAUGCCUGCAGUGUGGGAAAAGGUUUGGUCAGAAAUCAAACUUUACUUUGCAUCAAAGAAUUCACUCAGGGGAGAAACCAUAUAAAUGCCUGGAGGGUGGGAAAAGCUUCAGUUACAGUGGAAGCCUUACUUCCCAUCAAAGAAUUCACAAAGGAGAGAAACCAUAUGAAUGCCUGCAGUGUGGGAAAAGGUUUGGUCAGAAAUCACACCUUACUUUCCAUCAAAGAAUUCACACAGGGGAGAAACCAUAUAAAUGCCUGGAGGGUGGGAAAAGCUUCAGUUACAGUGGAAGCCUUACUUCCCAUCAAAGAAUUCACAAAGGAGAGAAACCAUAUGAAUGCCUGCAGUGUGGGAAAAGGUUUGGUCAGAAAUCACACCUUACUUUCCAUCAAAGAAUUCACACAGGGGAGAAACCAUAUAAAUGCCUGGAGGGUGGGAAAAGCUUCAGUUACAGUGGAAGCCUUACUUCCCAUCAAAGAAUUCACAAAGGAGAGAAACCAUAUGAAUGCCUGCAGUGUGGGAAAAGGUUUGGUCAGAAAUCACACCUUACUUUCCAUCAAAGAAUUCACACAGGGGAGAAACCAUAUAAAUGCCUGGAGUGUGAGAAACGUUUCCGUUGGAGUGCAGGCCUUACUUCCCACCAGAGGACACACACAGGAGAGAAGAAAUAUAAAUGCCUGCAGUGUCAGAAAAGUUUCAAUCACCGUAGCAAUCUUACUUCCCAUCAAAGAGUUCACACUGGGGAGAAACCAUAUAAAUGCCUGGAGUGUGGGAGAAGCUUCAGUUAUCCUUCAAACUUCAGUGUCCAUCAGAAAAUUCACACCGCGGAGAAACCAUAUAAAUGUCUGGAUUGUGGACAAAGUUUCCGUCAGAAUUCACACCUUUCUUCCCAUCAAAGAAUACACACAGGGGAGAGACCAUUUAAAUGCCUGGAGUGUGGGAAAAGCUUCAGAAAGAGCGGACACCUUACCUCCCACCAAAGACACACAGGGGAGAAACCAUAUAAAUGCCUGGAGUGUGGUAAAAGCUUCAUUCAGAGUAACAUUCUUAUUUCCCAUCAAAGAAUUCACACAGGGGAGAAACCAUAUAAAUACCUGGACUGUGGGAAAAGUUUCAGUUGGAGUACAGACCUUACUUCCCACCGAAGGACACACACACGGGAGAAACCAUAUAAAUGCCUGGACUGUGGGGAAAGCUUCAGUCACAAUUACAGGGAGGAAGCAUAUAAAUGCUUGGACUGUGGGAAAAGCUUCAGUCACAGUAGCAGCCUUAUUUCCCAUCAAAGAAGGACACAUGUAGGGGAGAAACCAUAUACAUGCCUGGAGUGUGGGAAAAGCUUCACUGUGAGUUGCAAUCUUAUUUCUCACCGAAGAAUACACAGAGCGGAGAAACCAUAUAAAUGCCUGGAGUGUGGGAAAAGCUUCAAUUGGAGUUCCGGUCUUACUCACAACAAAGAAUUCACACCAGGGAGAAAACCUAAUAAAUGCUUGUAG